AUGGGAAAGAGAAAGCCCAGCUCCGCUAGGUACAAGUAUCCGUUACCUAUCCAUCCAAUAGAAUUACCACCGCUAAUACCUCAUAAUCCUAUAUCCUGGGUUUACUGGACAUAUUGUUAUUUUAGCAGUGUCAAUGGUUUAACUAACAAGAUACAUGUAGAGUUCUUUAACGAUAAAUACGUCCAUAUUGUGGUCAAAGAUGAUAGUCAGAUGAAUUAUCUGUGGGAAAAUGGCUUCUUUGGUACUGGCCAAUUAUCUAGAAGUGAGCCUACAUGGAAGAACAGAACUCAUAACAGGUUAGCUGAUAGCGAUGGUCAUGGAAAUGCAUUGGAGAAGGUUACACAGCAUAGGAGACUAUUAAGAUUAGAGUUCAAGAAGCAAAGAGAAAAGAUGGAACAAGAGCUGUUAGAACUGAGAAGAAAAGGUGGUACCAUUGAACAAGAGAAAGAAUUACUUGAACAACAGAGAAAAUCUUUAAGAGUGUACAAAUCGCAACAGAGUUCUGCAGAAGUACUUCCUCAUGAGGAGACCAUUAGGGACAUAGAUUUGCUACUGUUCACGGAUGAUGGGAAAAUUAGACAACUGGAAUCAUUAGAGCUUAUGCCCGUGGAGGCCAUGUUUCUAACAUUUGCCUUACCGGUACUGGACAUUACCGCUAAAGAUUUAACACGACGUCUCGUGGGAAUCCCAGAGAAAUAUGAGGACAUCCACCAGUUUAUCUCACAGUACGUGGUCUACCACCAUUAUAGAUCCCAUGGUUGGUGCGCUAGAUCAGGUGUAAAAUUUGGAUGUGAUUAUUUACUGUACCAACGAGGGCCUCCCUUGGAACAUGCGGAAUUUUGUGUUCGAAUACUCAACAGCAAUGACAUUAAGGAUUACAACUGGUACUCCAGUUUGGCCCGUGUUGUAGCUGGCGCUAACAAGACAUAUGUAUUAUGUUACGUGGAAAGCCUACGAUCUCCAGAGACUAUUUUAAGAUGGUGGCACCAGGGAAAUUAUAAAUCAAUAUUCUCAAGUUAUAAAGUUGGUGAGAUAACUUACAAAAGAUGGAUACCGGGCAAGAACAGAGAAUAA